GAGUUGCUCAAUGUUUGUUGGUGUUUACGCGGGGCCGAGGAUGAGUCCAUCCUGCCUGGCUAUUAUUGCGUGAUAUAUCCUGCCCUCGUCUCUGACACUCACAUGAUACAUACGCCAACACCUUCAUAAACAUUUUCGAGUAAAAUGAAAGAAAAAAUAAGCAACGAUUUGUCGUACAUAAAAGCAGGCUACCGGAGUGACAAAUGGAAGUGGGUGCUCAGUCUGCCAGUAGUCAGUGGUGGUGGUGCACCAGUCAGCAGUUUAAAAGAAUAUAAAACCCCUGAUUCAUGUGGAUCUUCGGUAAAAGGGGCUUCACCUGACAUUGUUAUUAACGAGAAGAGUAUAACAGAGAACAGCGAUCACCCUGAUACAGCCGAUCUACUUGUGAAGAAUAAUGGGCCAAAUUGUUUUUUGUCCAGUUCUAAACCCUUCUCAGAAGAUCAGCUGACAAAAGAACAAAUUAUGAAAACAUUUGGAAUGGACAAAUGCCCAAAGGCUCUUCCUUGCCAAAAAAGAUGUUCAAGCAAUCCUUGGUGCCUAGCAGAUUUGGGGAGUGGAACAGGAAAAGAAAAAAUUCGUCCUACAGAUCAACCUCGAGACCCCAACAAACCAGUUGGGCUCCAGAAUACAGCAAAUACAUGUUGGAUUAAUUCAGCUCUCCAAGCUCUGUUUCAGCUCCCUAAGUUCAGGAAUGUCAUCAAUGGUGUUGAAGGAUUUGCUGGUGAGGAGAGUCUGUCCUGCAUGUUGUACCUGCUUCAGGCCAUGUUUGUUGAAAUGGACACCCAUGCUAAUAAAGCUAUAGCAUGUAGUCCUGGUAGUGUAUUUGAAAAAAUGGGACUUUUUGCAACUCAAGAGAUAAUGCGCAAAGAUGCGGACCAUGAGGUGCUCAAGUGUGUAUCUGAGUUCCUGGAAAACACCAUUGAUACACUAAUAGCUGAUCCUAGAUUGGGUUCAAAGCUCAGUCCACUUUUCAACACUAAUCUAAUGAGGUUGGCAAGGUGGAAGUGUCCUACAUGUGAAACUGAACAUGAGAGCCAUUUGGCACCUGCCACAUCUUAUACCAUGGCUGCCUAUGUUAGUGGUGAUGAGUGUCCUCUUGACCAGUGCCUUGUGGAUCUGCAAACUGAGACUCAGACUGGGGUGUCCUUAGUGUGUGGUUCUGACAGCAACAGUCCAGGAGGAUGUGGGGCAAGGGUGAAAGCAGAUCGCAUUGUAACACCAAAAAUUCAGACUUUACCAACCAUUCUAGUCAUCAGGAAUAAUAGCCUUAUGGAUCGUGACCUGAAGCGGCGUCUGCAUGUGGUGUACCCUGAAACCCUCGACUUGACAUCUCAUACACUGAAUCAUGUAGCGGCAACAUAUACACUCUCUGCUGUGAUCUUUCAUCAUGGUCAUUGGGUAAAACAUUUCUCAGCUCAUGUGAAAACUCAAAAUAACAAAUGGUACAACUUCAAUGACGAGCAAGUGUCGGAAUUGACAAACCGAUCAACGGCGGGGAACCCUCCAGAGAGUCACCGCAACUACUUUAGCAUAGCAAAUGUGGCCAAUAAGUACAAGCAUCGCUCAGGACUAAGAGUGUCAAGAGGAGCAUUCGUGUGGAUUUACGUGCGGAGUAAUACCGCCGAAGAAGAAAUUGCUCGUGUGUCACCACCUGAAUCAGUAGUUGAAUAUGUUCUUCAAAAACAAGAAGAGAGUAUGACUGUCAACCACCAACGACAAGCAGAGAUGAAGAAGGAAAAAGAAGAGCUUCUUUCCCAGCUAGCUGUAUUUGACAUGUCAGAAGAGUUUUCUCUGAUCUCGGAGCCUCUCCUAAGUGCCUGGUUUAAUGACGACGAUCUUAAGUACACUCCUCAGCCAUCAGUCCUUGCCCAAGCACUCUGUGACCAUAAACUUUUCAGUCCACUCAAGUUUCACAUGAUUAAGUGUGUAAGAACAGAAGGGGUAAAGGCCCUGUUGAGUCAUCGGUCUGGGAUUCAUGAAGAUGAUACUCUAGUAAAGUUAGGUAUGCCACUGUUCUUACCAUCAGAAUCUGGCUGUUGUAAACAGUGCAUUAUUAAAGCUGUUAACCACAUUUUAUUUAUAGAAAAAGUUAAGGCACUUCACAAGCAAGCCAAGAAAGAAGCUCGCAGAGAACAUGAAGGACCAACUCAAGUGAUUGGAUUAGAAACACUGGAGUUUUGGCCAAGGUUAGCAUUAAGUGCCUAUGUGAAAGAAAAUGGAAUUGAUUUAGAAGGUGAAGAAGAGGAAAAUGGAAUGGAGAUAAGCAAGAAAAAUGAGGAUAAUGUUAAGAAUGAAGAUGAAAAUAUUGAUAGUGAUACAAAAGUUGACAGUUCUCAUGUAAAUGGUAAUGGUUGUGAAAAAACUGACAUUAAACCAAAAUCAGAGGGGAUGGUGGUGUCUAGCUGUGAUAAAACAAAUUUAGUGCCUGAAACAGAUAGUAUAAUUGCCUGUGAUAGUCGGACAGGAGAUGUAAAUACAGACCUAGAUCUAAAAGAUAAAGCCGAAAAAGAUUUUGGCAACUCGGAAAAAAAAUUGUCUAAUAGUAAAGGAAAUGAAACCAAAGAAGGAAGUAGUGAAUUAACCUUAUUUAAUGAAGAUAUUGUAUGCAGACACAAUCUUCUUUCUCCUACUGCAUAUUCUUCUAAAAUUUCUAACGAGUUGGCUCAAGAAAUAAUGGAACUUUGUGGGGACUCCAUACACCCAGCGAUGUACCAAGAAGAUUUUGACACUUGUCAAGAUUGUCGGCAAUCUACAUCAGUGAAGCCACCUACAUCAUUAAAGCUAACCAUAGUAAUUGAGGCUACCCACACUCAAGCUACCCACAUCAGUGAAGCUACCCGCAUCAUAUCAAAACCUAGUCUCACCCCCGACAAGAACAAUGGAAGCCGGAUGUCAUUGCAUCAUAUGCCAGGAAAGACUUGUAUCCCAGCACCAAGUUUACCUAUGUACCUGGUGUUGGUGUGGGAGGAGGAGUGGAACAUUCUUAAGGAGCUCUACCCACCUGACCACACAAUAACAGCUUCCUUCAGUGAUGCUGGCAUACUACAGACGGUACCUAGUAAGUCUUCAAGCAUUCCAAAGUCUACAGUAUGUAUCAUGGUAAUGCAGUGGUUGAGAAUGCCGACAGCAUGUAAAUUAAACACAGGUUGGGCUAUGGCAUUUGACUGUGAAGACAUUUCGUCUGCCUGGGACUUGUGUGGCAGUAAAGACACACCUACUUUAUUGUGUACCUUAUUUACAGUGCAUGUGACAAAUUUCACUCGUGUGACUCUGGGUGACACAGGUAACACUAACAUGUUGCACUUGUGUGACACAUUAGGUAACACUGACAAAUUACGCUCGAGUGAGGCGGGUGACACAUUAGCUGAUAGUGACCAUAACAUUAAGAUUAAAAGGAGUGGCGAAGGCUUCGUCGUCCAUCCUCUAAUCCCAGUCUGGUCUCUGACCAGUCAGAUUGUUGAUAAUUACCAGCGUGUAGUUCGUGGUAGCUCCCUCACCAUGUCUGCAUCCACUAGCAGUAUGCUGCUGCUGCUGUUGCUGCCACCUGCAUGUCAACAUCAUCACUUCUUUCUGCUUAUUCUCCGCAUGACUCCUCCUGUUGAUACACCUUCAGCAGUGUUGACCGUGACAGGGCCCCCUCCUGCGACGCUGUUUAUCAUUGCUGCUGCUGGUGCAGGUGGUGGUGCUCAUGUCUUGAAUGGUGACACUGCUGGUGCUCACGUCUUGAAUGGUGACACUGCUGGUGCAGGUGCUCAUGUUUUGAAUGGUGACACUGCUGGUGCUCACGUCUUGAAUGGUGACACUGCUGGUGCAGGUGCUCAUGUCUUGAAUGGUGACACUGCUGGUGCUCACGUCUUGAAUGGUGACACUGCUGGUGCAGGUGCUCAUGUCUUGAAUGGUGACACUGCUGGUGCUCACGUCUUGAAUGGUGACACUGCUGGUGCAGGUGCUCAUGUCUUGAAUGGUGACACUGCUGGUGCUUACGUCUUGAAUGGUGGCACUGCUGGUGCAGGUGCUCAUGUCUUGAAUGGUGACACUGCUGGUGCAGGUGCUCAUGUCUUGAAUGGUGACACUGCUGGUGCUUACGUCUUGAAUGGUGACACUGCUGGUGCUUACGUCUUGAAUGGUGACACUGCUGGUGCAGACUAUCCCAAAAUGAGGAUUAAAGUCAUCUCUUCAGAAGAUAUCAACAAAGUCUUUCAGUGGACAAUAGAAAAUAACAUGAUCAAUAGUGACAAAUUCCACCUGCUCAGAUAUGGAAAGAACAAAGAACUCAAAAAGAUAACUAGAUACAAAACACAGGAAGACAAUCUCAUGAAGCAAACGGAACAUGCAAGAAUUUUGGAUUUAAUAAUGUCGACUGACUUAGCAUUUAGAGAACACACUAAGGCAAAUUCUGUAAUAACCAGACACAUGACAAGAUGGAUAAUGAGAACUUUCAAAACAGAAAUAAUGCCCAAGAGUAUGGGUCCACGCAAGAAGCCCAGGCUUGCCGCCCUUGGUGUGGGCGGAGGUGGUAGCGUGGGUGUGGCAGCUAGCAUCACUGGCGUAGGAGGCAGCGCGGGCGUGGGAGGCAGCAGCGCGGGCGUGGGCGCAGCAUCAGGCAGCAGCAGCAGCAGUAGCAGCCAACGUCUUGUGCGAGCCUCCAAAACCUUUUCGUCGACUGACACCCUGCGGGAGGUCCAGAACUUUGUAAGACACUGCCUGUACACUCAUGACGAUCACAGAGCCAUGAUCAACGCUCUAAGAGUCCGUCCAGGGACACCAUUCUACUUCAGAGCAGCAGUGGAAGACAUGGAAAGAGCGGCCGGGGAUGGGGUGGUGGAGUUCAAUGAAAUAGAGGAUGAUUGGUGAGCUGUCGUAGUGUGGCUACUAGUAGUGAUGUAAGAGCAACGACGUGGGACUGCGAGAAGACGUGUAUGAUGCCAGUGUUGCAGGUGGUUGACAACAGCCACCUGUUGCUGACGUAGAAGGCGAUGGUGUCUGUGGUGGUAGGAAUGAGGAGACCCCAGCAUAGGCAGUGGGUCCGCAACCUUAACACCUGCAUCCCAACUAAACACUCAUCCACCUACAUCCCCACGAGCCACCCUGUACACAUGUGGGUUAUGCUAUUCCCCGUGUUACUAGUUCCGCCUCCUUCAUUAUAACUUCAUCUCACCUCGCCUUGACAUUUUACUUUUUUCUUUUUUCUUUCCUAAUGUCUGCCUCUCUCCUGUCACCUCCAUUUCUUCUCCCUCCUUCCACUUCUCAUUUCCUUUCAUUUUUCCUUUACCCCUCCCCAUCCAGUUUUCCUGUCUCGUGACCCUACCUUAACUCUCUCUCUCUCCCCACUCUCCCUCUCCCUGUUCUCCCUCUCCCCACUCUCCCUCUCCCUGCUCUCCCUCUCCCUGCUCUCCCUCUCCCCGCUCUCCCUCUCCCUGCUCUCCCUCUCCCCACUCUCCCUCUCCCCGCUCUCCCUCUCCCCGCUCUCCCUCUCCCCGCUCUCCCUCUCCCCGCUCUCCCUCUCCCUGCUCUCCCUCUCCUCCACCUACUUCUCCUUUCUUACAAUUGCAAACUUUAGAAAACAAUACUGUUUAACUUUUUUAAAUAUAUUUUGGAUGACAUGUGUUACUAAAAUGAAGUUUGUUCAAUAUGAAAUUUUAAUUUUUUUUAGUCGAUAAUGUUUUUUUGACGAACAUUUAGUAGUGAACGAGUUUAAAUUUACCUCUCAUCAUCUAUUAAAAGCUGACACAUUGUGUUUAUGAUAUUUUAUUUAUUAGUGUUUAUUUUUUUUUUUUUUUUUUACCUUUUGACCUUUAGACUGAAUUUAUUCGACAGUGCCACUCUCCCCGUGAGUGAGGAUGCCGCCAUAUUUAUCACAGUUAAAUGCAUUUAUUACAAGCAGUAGUAAAUAUUGGUGUGUGAGACAAGUUAUCAUAUGUGGCUAGUUGAAAAACCUCACUCAGAGUAGUGUUAGGUUGUAACCAGACCUAAAGUCACUAGUUAUGGUCACCACGUUGUGGUGGUGUGUGAGGCUGCACUAUACCAGGUUGUCAGUGACUGCCUCUCACCAGCACCACUAGUCUCUCACACCGCUCUCUACCCAUCAUGUCCUCUUGUAAUUAUCUAACAGUAAAAUGCCCUGUAAUGAUUUGUUUUGUUAGAUUUUGGGAGUCCUGCCCUUGUUCUGCAGUUGAUACCUGAUGUUGCAGGUAUUGGUAUUUUGUGUAAGCUUUUCCUGGUUUUAAAAACACCGGAAUUUUAAUUUCACUGAUAAACCACCUUUAUUAUGCGGCCUUCUGAAAAAAAAAAAAAGUGAUCUUAGGUACAAUGUUUAUUUUUUUGUAGCAAUUAUGUUUAUGUUUCAGAUCUUAGUGGUUUUUUAAUUGAGCAUUCAUGGCUUUAUAUAACGUUUACACUGCAGUGAUAUAUAUUUACAGCUUAUCAGAAAGCUUUGCAGUCACUAUGCUUAAUAAUUCACAUUAUUGUGGGAAUGUGACACAUUUGGUCCAGUAUGGUAAAAGCUCACUGCAGCAAGCGAAGCAGAAGCUAAUAUUAGCAGUUCGUAAGUAAAAAUGCAAAAUGGUUUAUAUACACUACAACCCCAUCAUUAUUAUAUCACUGGUAUAUAAUACCGACAGGUUGGUGAAUUGGGCACAUGUGUAACACCCUGUCAUAUCAUUAUCUUAUAGAUGUUUCACCAUGUAGUGGAUUUAUCAGUACAAGCCACUGGUUGGCAAAACGUCUACAAAAUAGAGAUACCCAGGUGUUGCACAUGGGUCUAAGUCACCUACCUUACCACUGUCGAGCACCACUUCUGUGUCGCCACGUCUGCUGUGAGCUGCACCUCCUGAUCUUUUUCCCCAUGUACUACAGCCAAUGGUCUGUGUCUCACGCUGUUUCACAUAUCACAGUCAAUUAGUGUCUCGUGUGAUGUAGCUGAUAUCAAGCAGUGACUUAGCUUUCACAGUAUGUGUUCCAUUUAGCUUUUAUUAAUGUUCUUAAUGUUCACUUAUAUAGUCUUAAGGAUAUUUUAUUUUCAAUUAUUAUGUUAAUGCCAUUAGGUUAAAUUUAAGGUAAAUUAAAUUAUUCAACGGCAUUAGUUUCAGUUCAGUUAAUUAAAAUAUUGCAUAUUUUGGCACAAAGAAAACUUUGCUUUUGCUGUCGGUGAAUGAUUUUGCUGUUAUAAUUUUGAGUAAUUAUUUCAAACCAUCAAGCAAUGAGUAAAGAAUUUCGAUUUUUUUUUUUUUUAAGUUAUUGUACUGUAUUUGGGAAUAACACCAACAGUAUUGUAUUUAGGAGUAACACCAGCUCUCUAUUGUAUUUGGGAGUAACACCAACAGUCUGUCGUAAUUGGGAAUAACACCAGCUGUAUUAAACUGUGCUCUGAAUAAAUAUAUGCAUCCA